GGUAGGUAGUUUAGUUUGAGAAGCCAAAGGUUGUCUCAUUCCCGGAAGACCACAGAACAACUCCUUGGUUACUAGAAAUAGAGGCACUGAGACUGAAUACCGGUAAAGCUGCCAAGGAUCCCAGCAGUCAGGAAUGUGCAGCCUGCAAGCAGACAUUUCAGUACAAAACAGGAACUGAACGGAUGUAUCAUCAGCAACAGUUCCACGGUCAUAACCAACACCUGUCCUUAAGGUCUGGCAUACCUCCGGAGAAGCAGUUUCUCCUGCAAGGAGGAGGAGAUGCAGGUCUUGUCCUCUCCACCGACGCUAAACCUCGGCUGAAAUGGACACCCGAGCUGCAUGAACGUUUUGUGGAGGCAGUACAUCAGCUAGGAGGGCCAGACAAAGCUACGCCUAAAACAAUCAUGAGGAUCAUGGGGAUCCCUGGACUCACCCUGUACCAUCUUAAGAGCCAUCUCCAGAAAUACAGACUUAGCAAGAAUCUCCAGGCUCAAGCUAAUGUUGGCAGUGCAAAGAAUGUGUUAGGCAGCAGAACAGGAACAGACAAACCAUGCGAAGGGAAUGGAUCACCAGCUAGUCAUUUGAACAUAGAGCCCCAGAUAAACAGGUCGAUGCACAUAAGCGAAGCCCUCCAAAUGCAGAUAGAAGUUCAGAGACAGCUGCAUGAGCAACUAGAGGUGCAGAGGCACCUGCAGCUCCGGAUUGAGGCGCAGGGCAAGUACCUGCAGUCGGUGCUGGAGAAGGCGCAGGAGGCGCUCGCCAAGCAGAGCGUCGAUCUCGACGCCGGCGUCCUCGGCGAAGCUGCUGCCGCCGAGACGCAGCAGCUGUCGGAGCUCAUCUCGAGGGCCUCGGCGACGAAGCGCGUCCAGCUCGAGCACCUCCACCACCAGCAUCUCGGCGGCGUCGGGGACGGGUCGGUGGACAGCUGCCUGACCGCGUGCGAGGGCUCCCAGAGGGACCAUGACAUGCUGUCCAUCGGCCUGUCGCCGGCUCCGACUCCGAGAGGCGGCUACCCGUUUGAAGCGGCGAGGUCAGGCGGCAACGACAGAGGAGGGGCGAGCACGAGCUACGAGGAGUUCCUGUUUCUCGAAGAGCCUGGCAGGAGUUCCUCGGAUGAGCAGCAAGAGCUGGACCUGACCAUCAACACUCGACGGCCUCGCCACUGCGAAAAGAUUGACCUGAAUGGGUCGAGCUGGAACUGAUGAUCAUUUAGGAAGGAGUUGAGGCGUCAGGCAAAACAAGGCUUCUUCUUCUUCUUCCUAGCUAGCAGCAGAGUGAAAAUGGGCGGAUGUUCCUAUGGGUGAUCAAAGCGGGAUGCACUGUGCAUUUUCAUGUCCUCGAGUCGUUUGUAGUAAGAUCUGGGUAGAGCUACUAUAGCAUGAACAACCUGCGUGUUGUCGGCCACGCAUCAUGGAUUCAUGGUGCAGCAAAUAAGCAGCGACUGAGAUGAGGAUAAAAUUCCCUUUCGAUG